AUGUGUCCGACUAUGGUCAAGAAGGAUCCUGCCGCUCCCGCUCCCGCUCCCGCUGCCGCUCCCGCUCCCGCUCCCGCUGCCGCUGCCGCUCCCGCUCCCGCUCCCGCUCCCGCUCCCGCUCCCGCUCCCGCUCCCGCUGCCGCUGCCGCUCCCGCUGCCGCUCCUGCUGCCGCUCACGCUGCCGCUCACGCUGCCGCUCCCGCUGCCGCUCCCGCUCCCGCUCCCGCUGCCGCUCCCGCUCCCGCUCCCGCUGCCGCUGCCGCUCCCGCUGCCGCUCCCGCUGCCGCUCCCGCUGCCGCUCCCGCUGCCGCUCCCGCUGCCGCUGCCGCUCCCGCUGCCGCUCCCGCUGCCGCUCCCGCUGCCGCUCCUGCUGCCGCUCACGCUGCCGCUCCCGCUGCCGCUCCCGCUCCCGCUCCCGCUGCCGCUGCCGCUCCCGCUGCCGCUCCCGCUGCCGCUCCCGCUGCCGCUCCCGCUGCCGCUCCCGCGGGCAGCGGAGCGGCGGCGGCGGCGGCACGGAAACGCAUACUAUUCUUCAAACUAGCGGGCAGCGGGCACCGCUGUAUUCGAGGAUGUUGUGAUAAUAAAAUCGAAGAAUGGAAAUCCAUUACUGACUAUAGGAGACUACAGAUACUAUAG